UUUCAGCGUUUUUCACCGUAUCCUUCUCAUUUCAUUAGACGGGUUCGGUUCGGCUGUUACCCCGCCCCCGCCAUUAUCACAGCACAAGAGACCGGGAUGACGUGGGAAUCCCUCUGGAUUUCGGGCCUGUAGCCGUUUGCAGAAUCCUGUUUMUCUUCUGCCUUAACCUUGCCCGAUYUUUUUCUGGGGAGGAUCUUGGAUGUGUGCUAAAAACAGACUCUAGCCUCAGCUCUCCCUAGCUGAACAUGUUCCCUGCCAGGAAGUGGUCUGGAGUUUUCAGAGUCUUCAGAUUCCAUCAUUUCAGAUCCCAUUCUGUCUCCAGAGCCUCUCCAAACUUGAAUUUCGUGCCAGCCUGUCUUCCCCCAGAUCCAAUGGAAGUGGAGGAGCUGCAGCGCUUUGUUUCUAACUCCAAGAGGCUGUUUGUAAUGACUGGAGCUGGAAUCUCGACAGAGUCAGGGAUCCCAGAUUACCGCUCUGAGGGYGUUGGGCUCUAUGCCAGGACAGACAGACGGCCCGUCCAGCAUGCUGAGUUUGUGCGCAGCGCUAGUGCCCGACAGCGCUACUGGGCAAGGAACUUUGUGGGCUGGCCCCAGUUCUCCUCUCACCAGCCAAACAAGGCACACCUGGUWCUAAGAGAGUGGGAGAAGCUGGGCAAGCUGCACUGGCUGGUGACCCAGAAUGUGGAUGCCCUUCACACCAAGGCYGGGAGCCAGCGCAUGACGGAGCUGCACGGCUGCACACACAGGGUUUUGUGCUUGGCCUGUGGAGACCAAAUCUUGCGUUCUGAGCUGCAGGAGCACUUUGAAGCUCUGAAUCCUACUUGGAAAGCUGAAGCGUUCGGUGUGGCUCCAGAUGGGGAUGUGUUCCUGACGGAUGAGCAGGUGCGCAAUUUCCAAGUCCCAGCCUGCUAUAAAUGUGGUGGAAUCCUGAAGCCUGAUGUGACAUUCUUUGGAGACACAGUGAGCAAGGAAAAAGUCAGUUUUGUACACCAGCGCCUGGCAGAAUCAGACUCCAUGCUGGUGGCAGGAUCCUCUAUGCAGGUAUACUCUGGUUACAGGUUUGCUCUUGCUGCCCGGGAGAAGAAGCUGCCAAUUGCAGUCCUUAACAUUGGGCCCACCAGGUUAGAUCACUUUGCAUCCUUAAAGCUGAAUUCCCGCUGUGGAGAGCUGCUGCCUUUGAUAGUUUGCACAUGACCCAACCGGCUGAGCUUCAGUAGCUAUCAGGAUUAAGGUUAUUUUUACAAGGACUCAUCUUCAGAAAGGGAAAAACUCCAAGAGGCAGUAGUGAGAUCAGUGCACGACCGCUGAGGGCACCAGGAGAGGGCAGCAAGUGUCGCACAUAUCAGCCUCUCCAGUUCUCCCCCUUGAAACUAUCUCCACUUACCAGGAAAUAGAACGAUGAUGGAAAAAAAGUACUUUUCUGCCUUACCUUGCCGUUGUAAACAGUGCCUUUUCAUUCACUGGGACGGGAUAAUUGUUCUGCCGUAUCUGAGGACAAAGUACCUUUCUUGUAAAUGGCCCCAGAGGAGAAGGGGGACAGGGAUUUUGACCAGGUAAUUUGAGGCUAUAGCACAGGAGGGCGAUGUGGGAAAGCAGGACACUGCUGGGGGGAUCCAAUGACACUGGUGGGAAACUGUAGUGUGCAAAGAGGAAAGGAGGCAAGAGGUACUGCAGUUGUCAUUUAAAAGAAAAAAGGUUGAAAAUAAAAGCUGAACAACAACACUGUUCUUCUAAGAGACUAUUUGGAAGCACAGGCCAUCAGGCUGAUGUCUUCCAGCAAGGAGGGGAAGUCAGUAUUUCUCUCAACUGUCAGUUGACAAGCUAAACUGCUUCCUAUCUGACACCUUUAAAAGUUAAAUAUUGUUGAGAUGGCAGAGGAGUUACUUUAAGCUAAUCUGACCAGCACUUUCARCAAGGCGGCUACAUUUUCCAGGAUGCAUAUUUGGAAGAUGUUAUUUAAUUAAUGAAUAGCUAAGAAAUCAAUUAAAAUUGUUUACAAGAUUGAGACUAUCUGCAUUGUAAUUUUCUCUCCCUCCUGUGAUUUAUUUAAGUACAUUCUCAGUAGCCAGUUUAGAUUCAUUUUUUUCCAUUGCAAAAAUGCAGGAUGUCAUUACUAGCAACCAAUGAAUUAAGAGAGAAAUAGAAUUAAAUCUGUGCAGUAGGUCUCCCUCAGGAGGCAAUCUCUAUUAAUAGGUGCUAUUUCCACACUCAUAACAGGAGAUCYAUCACUAGUGGAUAGCCAUUUUUUGUUGAUCUUUAGGGUGAUAUUGUAAGCCAUAUCAAACCAUUUACCAAGUAAAAUACAAAACCUGGCACAAACUAGGACACUAAAUUUUUGAUCUGACCAUCUGCAUGAGUCUACCAUUCCCCUUCUGGCUCUGAGGGACUUAAUUGUUGGAGUUUUCCAAGUGCCCCUCCUACUCUACAAGAAACAUACCUUGUACUAAUAUUUUGACAAGAACUGUAACAAGCAGUUGGRAACAAGGAUGCCAGAGUCAUCUGCUACAAGGUCAAGUAGCAAAGCAAGGACAACCAACCACAUGAUGCAAAGUUCAUUUUUGCUUUGUUGUCUAUUCAAAUCCAUGCCCGGAAGGAGCAAAUCAGGCAGAGAAUCUAAGGGAUACAUAAGGCACCCAAUUUCUGCAGAAGGUAGAGGGCAUUAAGAUGUUUAACAUAGUUCAAGAUUGGCUGUAUUGGGUCAGAGGAGAGACAGUUUCACUUAGAAGCCAAGCAAGAACAGUUCAGGACUCCCACCUGCAUUCUGCUCUCAUUGAAUGGUGAUGCCACUUUCCAGUGACUCAGUGUCUGUUGUUUGGCAGUAAACAAAGCUCACCGAUGUCACUCCAUCUUUAGCUUUCCUGUCCAUAGUACAGCUGUCCCACUAACCAAAGCUAUUGCAGAAAUCAUGCCUAAAGCACAGCAGAGUCUCCACAUACUCAUGUUUUCUUCCCUGUAAGAAGAGACACUGAUGCCUCCUUAGCAGAGGAACUGGGGCUGAGUUUCUCACUAUCCACAUCRUCUUCUCCCCCUCCUUGAAACUUGCAUGACAUUGGUGUGUCAAAACCAGAGGCUGCAGGUUUAGUGCCAGUAGAGCCAGCAUUUUGAAAAGGUGUGGGAGCAUUGCCAAGCAGUCUAAAGCAAGUCKUGGAAUUAGCUCUGUGACAGGUAACUAAAUCUUCCACACCCACCCCUGYCUCUUCUCUGGUUCUGCAGCUGAGCCUGUGGGAAAGGAGACAGGAUAUCUCUUCAGCAUCACUAUCAGAUGAGUCAUUACCCCAGCUCUCCACUGAUUAUACUUUUAAGCCACCAGGACAGUGACUUACAAAAAAAUGAACAUUACAGUAAAUUUCCUGUGCAUGGUUUAUUACUAUGUGUAAAUGAGUAUACAACAACAUCUAGAACUAUAUGAG